AUGAUGAUGAUGACGAUGAUGAUGCCAGCGAAAAGAGACAUUUUCCUUCCUUUGGUUCCUUUCCUCCUUCUUCCCCCCUUUUUUUCACCUCCACUCCUUCGUCCAUUCUUUCCUUCCUUCUUUCUUUACUCUUUACUUUGAUCGGUCCAUCCACCCAUCGGCCGCCUCUUUAUUUCUCUUUAUCUUUUUUCUGAUACUACAAAAAAAAACCCCCUCCUUCACUUCAAUCCUUCUUCUUCUCUUCGCUCCUCAUUUUCGCUUCUUUAUCCUAUUCCACACCCUUUCCUAACCACCUCUACAUAUUUUUCGCCCCAAACAUGAAGCUCCUCCUCAGACUUUCGCUCGCGACCCUGCUCGUCUCCACCGCAUUCUCGGCCUUAACCCUCGAGCAGUUCCUCAAUGAUCCCCAAGUCAAGACACUCGCCCCCCAUCUCCUUGAUGAAAUCACUGCCCAGGGCAUCGAGUCCUUCUCCUCCGCCCCACAGGACUCCUCCAAGCUCACUGCCGGAUCAAAGAUCCCUCUCCUCGACGACAUCAUCCAGGUCGUAUCCCUCAACAUCGCCUCAGGAAAGGACGCUGACUGGUCUAAACUCGACGCUGCGAAGCUCAAGGCCAUCCAGGAGCACGGACCCGAGGCCCUCGCGGCCGCCGCCAACCUGACCGAGAUCGACCCCAAGCGCGCGUCCAUCAUUGCCAGAACCAUCUAUGAUGCCGUCAUUAACCUGCCUCCACCCUCCAAGGAGUCGUACGAAGCCAAGAAGAGUGUCAGCGAAAAGAUUGCUGAGGCAAAGGACACGACCUCCACCAACAACGAGCAGACCCCCAACACUGGAAAGACCGACAAUAAGCAACCAGACAACCAGCAAACCGAGGAGGCUGAGAAGAAGGACGACAACGCCGACGGAUCAUCAUCUCUCUUGGACAUGCUCGGCUACGGCUUGAUCAAGUCAUCCGACACCAUCAAGAAGGUCAAGGCCAUCGUCGUCCCCUCGAACGUUUGCGAGACCACCAACACCGCUUACCUCAAGGGAGUCGAUGAUGUCGUCUACUACGGCAGUCUGAGCCAGGGUAUUACUGGUGGCGCCCUUGUCUCUGCCCCCUCAGACUCGACCGUCAAGUCCUUGGACCUCAAGACCAUCGUGUCGGCCGUAAGUAAGCUUGCGACCGAACUCCAAAUGGCUCAGAGUGUCGCCCGUCUUGCUGAAUUGAACCCCACAGACCGAGCCGUCCGCACGAUCGUCUACUUGGCCCUCACGGCCGAGAGCUCGACCGCGCCCGCUGCGGUGAAUGCGCGCGACAUCAAUAACCUGAUCUACAAGGGUUUGGCGAACGACAUCCCCGAGGCUCUCCUGGACUCGCUUGCCAGCCAGGCAGCCCUGGUCUUGGUCACGCGCGGUGUCGGCUCUGCUCACGGCGGCGGAGCUCAGAUGCUCUCGAAUAUCCCCCGCGUUCGCAACUUGUUUGCAUUCAGUUCCGAGGUCUUGAGCGCCAACAGCAUUGGCGAGGUUCUCAAGUAUGUCUUCUGCCCCGAGGCUUCGCAUGUCACGGGAACAUCCAAGACUAAGGUUGUGACGGAUGAUAUCAAGGAGGGAGCUGGGGAUGCGGCCAAGAAGGGAACAGAGACAGCCCAGAAAGUAUUCAAGGCUGGAGAGGAGGCAGCCGAGGAUGUGAAGAACAAGGCAUGGAAUACUAAAGACAAGGUGCAGGACAAGGUUGUGGAGGGAACAGAGAAGGUCAAUGCUGCGGGCGAGAGAGUUGCACAGGAUGUGAAGGGCGCGACCGCGGAAGCUAAGGUGAAGGCUACAGAGGCACAGGGAGCUGCGAAGACAAAGGCCGAGGAAGUCGCGGAGGCGGCGAGGAGGAAGAAGGGAGAGGCCAAGAACGCGGCAGAGAUCAAGGCACAGCAGAUGAAGGAUGGUGCGAGAGAUGCGGCAAAGAAGGUUGCGGACCAGGUGGAGAAGAAGGCGGAGAAGGUUGCACAGAAGGCGGAUGAGGUCAAGCAGGAGCUGUAAAAAAAGAGACGAGACGUUUUUUUUUCGAGCGCGAGAUGGUGUCGCUUACCUGUGUAUAUAUCCCGAUCCCAGUUCACAAGCUUCUUUACUACCAUUUUCUUUUUUCAUGUCCAUACUUUUUUGUAGCACAUGUUAGCUGAGUGCUUUUUCCUUAUAAUGAAAAGAAAGAAAUAUAUUCGUUGAGUCGCG